UAUUAUAAUAUAUUUACAAUUAUCGAUUUUUUCAGGCCUGUCGUAUAUAAUUCUAGCGAUAUACAUCACGUGGAUGUUGACACCGGAUGUCCUGGACAUUAUAUCGCCUAUGAACGAAUCUCGCCCGCGGAGGCAACCUAUUGAUAUUCAAUUUUUUGUUAAUGAUGAGUAUUUGUACAUCGUUCGGUACCACACGUGUUUUUUACUUAUCAUCAUACCUUUUAUUUAUGUCGGCUGUUCCACUCUAUUUGUGACUGUCACGCAACACGUUUGCGGAAUGUGCAAGUUGAUGGGGAAUCGUGCGGAACGCAUAUUUUUCGUUGCCGAAAACGAUACGGCGUAUGAUUUAAUUCAAGAGUCGCAAAGUUACGGAAACUUGGCCGUUUUUGUGCGGCAGCAUGACAACGUUAUACAAUUCGUUGAUAUAAUCGAGACUUGUCACACUGUACCGUUUCUAAUGGAACUCACAGGAAUGGUUUUUUUGAUGAGUCUUACGUUAAUCGAGGUACUAACAAUCUCCAGUAACAAUUUCGAACGAACUUUUAGAUCCGUCAGUGUCGCCAUUAUAGGACAGAGCUAUAUAUUCAUGUAUUGUUAUAUGGGACAAAGAGUCACGGAUGUGAGUUCGAGUAUAUGUGAGAAAAUGUAAGUAU